GUACCCUGUCCCUUCACUUCGCUGACAUUCAUCACAUUCAUUGUUUACGUUCGGGGGAUCCGUAGCGUCGGGACAUUCUCCACCUGACAAUUGUCAUGUCAACAAAACAGACGAGGAGGAAAAAGUCAGAGAACAAAGACGUAAAACCAGCUCAGAACUCGCAUUCAUUUGCAAGAUGGGGCGAAUUUUCUUGGAACACAUUGGAGGGACAAGGCUAUUUUCAUGUGCCACUUGUUACACAAUUUUGACAAAUCGCACAGAACUGAUCUCAACCCGAUUUACUGGUGCCACAGGCAGAGCAUUCUUGUUUAAGAGAGUAGUCAAUCUUACAUACAGUGAAGUACAAGACCGUGUUAUGUUGACUGGAAGACACAUGGUGCGGGAUGUAUCUUGUAAAAACUGCAAUGCAAAAUUGGGGUGGAUAUAUGAAUUUGCCACAGAGGAAAAUCAAAGGUACAAAGAAGGGCGCGUUAUCCUGGAGCGUGCCCUUGUGACCGAAUCUGAUGGUUUUGUGGAACAUGUUGAUGAUGACUGAGAAAACGUUUCGCCGGAGGAAGAGUGAUAGGAGCAAGUCAAAUAUCUCUAUAUAUUUAUGUGUGAUCUUAUUACUCCCUUCGUUAGUACCUUAUUAACACACUGUAAAUUAUUUUUUUCCUUUCAGAUAAUAUUGUAUUUUUUACCUUUUAUACUGUACCAGCUUCUAUACACAAGAAAGAUUUCUGUAGUGACUGUAAUGUGCUUUGAUUAGGUUUUUCUCGAAUUAUAGAUUAUAUGCUGCUAUUCUGGUAAUUAGGAUGUUCCAAUUAUAUUUCACAAGUUGAAGAUGGAUGAAUACAAGGCACUUUUUGCAGAAAGUUGACCUUUUUAUUUAUUUAUUUUUUUGCUGUGAUUCUGAUAUUGAUAUCAAAUAUCUUUUGGGGACAAACAAGAUAAUUUUUAUAGGUGUAUAUGCUUAUACGUAAUGGUGAGUACAUUGCAGUUAAUACAGAAUAUCUUGACUAAUAUUACUGUAGACUUUUGGACAAUCUAAACCUAAAGGUUUCUUGUUUUGUAGAAUUCUAUUACUUUUCUUCAUCUCUAAACAGCGCCUUUUUUUUUUAUAUGGAGAGGUAAAUAUGUUUUUCUUUUUUCAUUCUUUUCUAUGGUUAAAUGAUUCUUGUGUAUUAUGAAUGUUUACUUUAUUGUGCUUUUGGACAUAAUCAUAUGUUGGAUUUGUUGUUUCUUGUGUACAAUUGUCUACAAAUUUUCAAAACUUAUAAGUCUGGUGAAACAAAAUUUGCUUACAAGUGAUUGUAAUACUACUUCCAGAGAAGUAACUGUGCAAUACUUUUAUUUAGUGGUACAGGCAAGGUUUUCUUGAGAUAUCUGGACAAAUUUAAUUCAGCUGUAUUUGCUCAAAAGUAAUGCAUUGUACCUAGUAAUUGAAAGUUGAGGGCAUGCUCCUAAUCUCGUGUUUCCUGCAGUCUUGUAAACUAAUGAAUUCUCAUCUGGUAUCAGGAAGUUGUCAAACAGACCAGCUGGUUACAUAAUGUUUAUGGUUAAUCCAAAGUGAUGUUUUGCUAUGGUUUUUAUUAUUUGGUUUACUCUGGCUUUUUUUGUGAUUAAUAAUACUGAUGUAUGAGUCAUUCCAUUCAUAAUCAUUUCUUGCAUAUGCAUUUUGCAAACAAAUUUUUUUUCUUUCAUUCUUAAUUAUUUCUUGCAUAUGUAUUUUGUGAACAAUUUUUUUUUCAGCCCCACCUUUUGAAUUUAUGGAAACUGACAGAACUACACUUAAAUUAUGUUUGUCUUCUGUUAUCAGUGUCAAGAAUGAUAUAGGCAAGUUGUUGAAAGGGACAGAAUGGGAAUACUUUAUUCUAGAAAUGCUUAAUAGUAGAGAUGUUUCCUUCAGAAUUCUUUAUGCCUCUCCCUGAUCCUUGACGGUGCCUUCAAUUUGUGAGGCUCAAAUUGUGAUUCUUCAGUACAAGAACGACUCUAAAGCAGUGAAGAGAACCUUAAGAUUGGGAAAAGUUAGUCAUGAAAGUUUUUAAUUAAGACAUGCUGUGUUAGAUGUCUGUACUUGUGAAGCAUUCUUGUUCUUUGUGUUCAGAAGUAAACUUUCUAAAAAUCACAUAGGGAGACAUUUGCGCAUUGUGAUUGCCAAGAAACUAGUUAGCUUAAGUAGUUGCUGACAAAGGAUAUUGUUUUCUACAUGGUUUUUAUUUAUUCCUUGUUAUUUCUGCAGGAGGCUGUAAGGAAGUCUUUUUAAUAACACACUAUCCAAAAGUUAGCAUUCAAGCACAUAAACCAAAAAGUGUAACCACGCACUUGCAGGGAUAUAAAAGUUCAAAUGUAGAUUACUCUUCACAUUAGUCUGUGCCUCUAGGCUUAUUGCUGCCUGGGCACUGUUUUCAAUGAAAGGAAAAAGUUGUUAAACUGUGCUUGAGAUUGUAGGUGUUUACUUAAAAAAAGAAAUUAAAGUCAAAUGAAGUUCUGCUUUAAAGACUUGGGUAAUGUUUUGGGUAGGUAAAACUGCCAGAGAAUCUCAUAAGUGUGGAAAUGGAAAAUAAUAAAGUAAAUAAAGAAGACUUUGUACUGUACUACUAUAAUAGGAGUCUGAAUGUAUACUUUGUGAUGUUACAAUUACAUGACUCGUCUCCAUCACUGCCCUCCCCAUAUUGAGGGACGCUUCUAGACACAACUUUUGUAGCCAGUACAAUACAGGGUACAAUUAUGAACCUUUCAGUUUGACAAUUAAAGUCUGUUAUUAGUAGUUUUAAUGCCCACCCUAUCACCAAGUGGUUAUUGAAAAAAUACUUUUAUCACCUUAAUGUUUCUGUCAGUUAGUUAGUCAGUCCAUUCUUGCUUGUUAGAUGGAUGAAAAAAUUAAUGUAUCCUCUUUAAACAUCCUCCUUAUUUCAGGUUUUUUUUUUUUUUUUGAGUAUUUGAAAGCUGCGGUUUUAAAAAACUUUUGCUGUAGCUCCAUGCUUAUUAAAAUUCUAUGUAACUGGUUCAUAUUUGAAUGAGUUGAUGAAUGUUUGGAAACUUACAAGGAAAUUUCCUGUUUUCAGUAGUUAAGCAUUUAGAAAUUGAUGUACAUACUCCUUAAGGUUAGAGAAGCCUUGUUCAACCUUGAUACAAUAAUUUAAUUUCAUGGUCAGUAGUUCUUCCCUUCAUGUGACUCUUCAUGUGAAUUUUUAGUAAAAAUGCUGAAAAUUCAGAAUUCGUUGACAAGAAGAUAACAUUUUACCAAACAAGUUUGAUGUUGCGUGCUAUUUUAAUUUUUGUGCUGUUGGUCAUGUACUUUUUGAGUUUUUUUUUAUUGACGAGGUUGUAAAUUUCAUUUAAACUUAGUGAUUUGUGUGGAGGAGUGUUUCCAGAUCCAUGACCAAAGUGGAUGAGCUCUUACCUGUGCUUUGUCUUGUUUGAUUUUUUCCCUGAUAUUUCUUCAUACUCAGUACGUGUGUUUAGCAUUAUACAGUAGGGAAAUGGCUUCAACUUGAAAAUGUAAGGAUUUGGAUAAACACCAGUUGUGAAGACCCAAAGCAUGGAUUAACUUUCUCCAGUGAAGAGAGCUGAAAUGUGAUUUUUACCGUAGAAACCAGUACUGUACUUUGUUUUAUGAUGAUAAUAUACUUUUUUUUAUGUAUUUCAUCUUUAUAUAGACACAAAUCUAAACUCCACCAUUUGUAGUCAUUUGAAAUGUAGUAUUCUAAAAGGUUGUAAUGUAUAAUAAGGAGGGAUAAUGUAACUUUCCCCACUACUAUAAUUCUCGUUAGUGUAGGCCAAGGCUCACUUUUGAAUUACUUUAAUGCUAGAGUAAAGUAAUAUGUAGUAGUAAAGUAAUGUAAAUGUUGACAUUGGCAGUGUGUAAGUUCAUAAUAGUGGUAGGAUGAAUAUAUAAACAUGUAAACUUUUUCUUUUCCUAGAAGCCUUUGUGUGAAACCUGUAAAAACUUUCUCUGGGCAUAGUAGAUUUACUGCAAAUUACAAAGGUGAACUCUGCUCUUACCAAGUAACCAAGUUGAUCAAGUCAGAAUUUUAAGCCUUAAAACUUUCUCUUUCCAAGCAACCUAGUUGGUCAUGUAUAGAAAAUGUUCAGCCAGAUAUCUUCUUGCACAAGUAAGAAAAACUGUAUUGAAAUGUGCAUUGGGAAAACUUAUAAAUUCCACAUGUCUUAGCUGUAAUGAUGCAACUUCCACAAGACUUUAUUAGCCCAUGUUGUGAUUUAAAUUCUCUUCAGCAGUGACUGCUAACCAGUAAAAAUUUCAAAUUGUCUGUCCAAUUUCUUUCUCAGGAAUAGUUAGCCACUUUGUAGAAGUUAAGAAACUAUAUAUUUAGAUAUCCCCAGAAUAUUAACUUUGCACUAUAUACCACAUUUUCUUAAUAAAUUGCAAGAGGUGCAGUUUUCUUAGGUCAGUAAAUUUGCACAACUACUUACUUGAGAAAUAUACCUUCAUGCUUUAAUGCAUUUAAUGCAUCUUAAAAAAAAUGAGAUUAAGACUAAAUUAUCAAACUGACAGUAUUUUUGUUAGUUUGUAUGUUAAGAAAAUUGCACCUCAUUUUUGGAGGAUGCUGAAGUUGUCAGUUUUCUUCUCAGUAUCCUCAAAGCAACAAAAUAGUCAUAGAAGGGCCUUCUUGAGAGUUAUGAACUCUGGUCUUAUUUAAACUAUUUCAUAGUGAUGAUGAUGAUGAUAGUCUUAAAUAGAUUCACAUAAGUAAAGAUAUAACUGUAAGGGUGUGGAAUUCUUUAAGUCCUCCUGUGGCAGACUUUUUAUUUCAGAUGUAUGAGCUCAUUAUACAUGCUGUCAUACCUCUUUUGGCUGUUUUUUUUUUUGUCUUUAAGCAGGAAGUGUGAGGAAGUGGCCACUUUGCUAACUGGUCUCUCACAUAAAGCAUUUGUUCUCUGUUGUCAUUUUUUGACCUGGUUAGUGCUUUGCACUGAUUAUUUUCAUUUAAAUAUUUCCUUAUUUUGCAUUGUCACCUCAACUUCGUUCUGAGAUUUAUGUUUUGGGCAGAAAGACUGACAGACUGAAUUAUUUUUGUUUUCCAGAGAUGUACGUUUCUGCCUCUUUUUAUUGCUUUAGUUAGUAUAUUUUUGUCAAGUUGCUUCAGCUUUAUUCUCAAGGAGUUCUCAAGAAUGCAUGUUUCAAGGUAGGCAACAUAAUCACAGAUGAAUUGGGUAAUAUGGUAUCAUUACUACUACUUUUUGAAGUUUGGGUCAGUGGAUGCAUUUACAAAAUCUAUUCAGAUUACACUUCUAUUGGUAGAGAGCUUUAUAUAUAUAUAAUAUAUAUAUAGUCAGCUUGUGUUAUUUUUAUGUAUGGUUUUUACUUUAUUUUUGGGUUUUGUCGAGUUCUCCUAUUCUAGAAGGCAUAACCAUAUACAUAUAUUGCUGUGAUAUACUCUAAUAUGGUAACUUGAUGACAGAUCUGUAGAAUCUUGUAAGUGUGGACGUUGUUGGAUCAUUAGUGUUUUUAUUAACAAAUUUACAAUCUGAGUAAAAUUUAUAUAGGUUUGUAAGUUCA